AACAAACCCAUCACAUUUUGGGUUUGAGUUCGCUUCAAUUCAAGCAAAGGGGCGAAUUCAAUUCUUCCAUCCCUCAACAUUACGGCAACCAAUGGGAUUUGAAGUGGGUGCCAACACCAGCCAUUUCCUAUUGAAAGAGUGAAGCCCAUACCCGCCCAUUGACCGGAUUGUUGGAUUCGUACGAACAUGUUUGCGGUUCAUCUCAAGAAGGACAACGCCCACGCCGAGAGCAUCUGGUCGUGUGCUUGGGGCAAGAAUGGCCCAGACGGGCCCGAUAUCCUCGUAUCGGGGGGCAUGGACGAUUACGUCAAGAUAUGGCAACUUCAGGCGGGUCUCCUCAACCCCUUGGCCAAAUUGGGCGACCAUUCCUUAGGCGUGGUGUCGGUGGCCAUUGAUCACGUGGCUGCCAAGGUGGUGUCCAGCUCGUUGGAUUCGGCCAUCCAUUUGUGGGAUGUCGAGAAGGGCGAGAAAAUCCGUAGUAUCGAAAACGGCCCUUUGGAGGCCUGGACUGUGGCCUUCAGCCCCAAUGGCCAGCACAUCAUUUCCGGAUCCCAUGUGGGCAAAAUCAACAUGUAUGAUGUGAACACGGGGCAGCGAGAGGAACAGCUGGACACCCGUGGCAAGUUCACCUUAUCCAUCGCAUAUUCCCCGGAUGGCAAUUACGUGGCCAGUGGCGCCAUUGACGGUAUUAUUAAUAUAUUUGAGAUGACCAAUCGGAAACUCAUUCACACCCUGGAAGGACACGCCAUGCCCAUCCGCACCCUCAGCUUUUCUGCCGAUUCCAAACUUUUGCUCACAGGAGCGGACGACGGGCAUUUGAAGAUUUACGACACAACCAACGGCACACUUAUUUCCACACUCUCAGGACACACGAGUUGGAUCUUGGGCGUAUCCACUUCGCCCCAAGGCGACAUCUUUGUGUCAGGAUCGGCCGACAAUUCCGUCAAGGUUUGGUCGAUGGCCGAGAAAUCUUGCGUCCACUCCUUCAGUGAACACGAGGGACAAGUGUGGAGCACGGCUUGUAGUCCCAAAGGAGAUCGAGUGAUGUCCGUGUCCGAAGACAAGUCAAUCAUAAUCUAUGACAUUCCGGGCCAUUGACCAUUGAAUAAAAAAUAAAAGGACCUCUCGAA